GGGUGGCCAUUUUGGAGUCCACCCGGCGGCUGGUUGCCCCGGCGGCGUCUACCAACCUGCUGCCGGGACCAAAGCUGGCCCCACGGGUGUCUGGCCUGUGGGCGGCCGGACCGACGCAAUGUGGCGGCUCCGCUGCAAGGCCAAGGAUGGCACCCAUGUUUUGCAGGGGUUGUCCAGCCGGACCCGGGUGCGGGAACUCCAGGGCCAAAUUACCGCCAUCACCGGGAUCGCCCCGGGCUGUCAGCGAAUCCUCGUCGGAUACCCGCCCGAGUGCCUGGACCUCAGCAACGGGGAUACCAUUCUGGGGGAUUUGCCCAUCCAGUCAGGCCCGGCCUGGGACAUUCUUCGCUUCCCUUCGCUUCCCCUCUGGGAGCCCCUUUCACCACCCCUGCACCUUGCUUCAAGCGAUGCCGGAGAGAGACCUGUGGCCAGCAGGGCCUGGCUCAGAACCUGUGACCCGCGGCGGCAGCUGCGACAGCACGAUGAGCAUCCCCUCCACCCGCUCUGGAUCUAGUGACAGCAGCUACGACUUCCUGUCCGCUGAAGAGAAGGAGUGUCUGCUCUUCUUGGAGGAAACCAUUGGCUCAUUGGACACUGAGGCUGACAGCGGACUGUCCACUGACGAGUCUGAGCAAGCCACAACUCCCCGAGGUCCCCGAGCACUGCCCACAACCCAGCCUGUCCCCCAGGGACAUCCAAAGGAGACCAUUCAGCAAGGACCAGAGCCAAAAAGAGUGACUCCAUUCAGCUCAGCUUAUCUGCCUGAGCCCCAAAGCCUGGGCCUCAGGUCUGGCUCCUACAGCCUCCCCAGAAAUAUCCACAUCGGCAGAAACCAGAACCUCAGAAAAAGCACCACCCAGACGAACAGCCACACCCCAGGGGGAUCCGAGGGGCUCGUUUCAGGGCCUGAGAAGGAGCAGGUAAGCCAGAGCAGGGAGCCCAGCCAGGCGCCAGUGGGCCCCCAGGACACUGCCCUUGACCUGGACGGGGCGUUCAUCCCCCCACCAGAGGCUUUCCGGGACACCCAGCCAGAGAAGCGUGGGCAAGGCAGCCUGCCCAGAGGGCCAGGGGAGCUGAGCCACAGGCCCCAGCUCCACAUGUCACUCAGCCCCCAGCAAAAAAGGGAGACUACUUCAGAGGCCAUGUCCCAAAAAGCCAAUGAGAAAGGCUCAACCGGGAGACCUGGACAACCUCAGCCUCCUCCUGCUGUGUCCUCUCAGAAUGCAAGAGUUGAAGAUGCUCCUGUCCCAUCAGGGGGGGAUCCAAAUACCCGGCUGGCUCCCCUCACAGCCCCUAAGCCCCGGAAGCUGCCACCAAAUAUUGUUCUGAAGAGCAGCCGAGGCGGUUUCCACAGUGAUCCCCAGAACCGGCUGUCCCGCCACUUGGAGGCUGGCCCUGGAGACACGGGCCCUGACUCAUCGUCACUGCAGGAGCAGAGGAGAGCACGCAGGGAAGCUCUGGAGAAGCUGGGGCUUCCCCAGGACCAAGAUAAGCCCAGCCCCCACUUAAGUAGGCCCUCCAUCAAGCUCAAAGAGACUCAUGCUGAGGCCCAAUCCCUGGCUCCAGUCCUGGAUCUGGCUCCAGCUCCGGCUCCAGCUCCGGCUCAGCCGGUGGUUCCAGCUCAGGUCUCAGCAGCAACAGGAAAGGCUCUGGCUCCUGUGCCAAUGCGGGGACCUUCUCCAGUGAAAGCUCCGGCUCCAGCUCAGCAGUCUUCUCCAGGCAAGGUUUUGGUUCCUGCCCAGGAACCUACUCCAGGGAAAGUUCCAGCUGCCAAAUCCAUGCCAAUUCCUAUCCCUAAGAUCCCACGGGCAAAGAGUCCCCCGACUCAGCCAAAGCCAGACUCUGGGCUGAUUCUCCAGGAGAGCAGCAUCCCUGGCCUGAGACAGAUGAGCUUUAAGUCCAACACGCUGGAGCGCUCAGGUGUGGGACUGAGCAGCUACCUCUCAGCAGAGAAAGAUCCCAGCCCGAAAACCAGCACCUCUCUGGGAAAAGGCUCCUUCUUGGACAAGAUCUCACCCAACAUCUUGCGUAAUUCCCGGCCUCGCCCGGCCUCCUUGGGCACCAGGAAGGACUUCGAGGGUAUCCAGGUGGGCAAAUUGGCUGACCUGGAGCAGGAGCGGAGCUCCAAGCGCCUGUCUUACCAAGGACAGAGCCGUGACAAGCUGCCUCGACCACCCUGUGUCAGUGUCAAGAUCUCCCCAAAAGGCGUGUCUGAUGAACACAGAAGGGAAGCUCUGAAGAAGCUGGGCCUGUUGAAGGAGUAGGCACUGGCCACCAGCACCACCCACACAACCCCCUUUCUGUACCCCAUCAUUCAGGAAGGGACUCGGGGCUCCACUUAGCCUCCCACAUCACAACUCAGGGGCUGGGCAGGAGUUGGCGUCUCUCCGAUGUUCUUUUCCCUCUGAGGGAGAGAUUGGAGCACACAUUUAUAUUCAGGGUGGCUGUGCCGAUGAGUGUCUGCAUGAAGCAUCCUGAAGAUGAUUUCCCCAGGAGGGGGUGUGUGUGUGCGCACGUGUGUGUGUGUAUUAUAGGCUGUAUAUAUCACUGAAGCUAUUUAUAUGACAUAGAGUCAUUGCUCAGAAUUCCUCUCUUGUUGGAAAUUUUCUUAUAUCGGGUAGAGUUCAGCCGAGCCAGAGCUGAGUGGAGAGGGAUGGCUAAGCCUGAGAAGAAAAGUCAAGUGAGACAAUGGAUGUACCAGUGACAUUAGGCAAAUGCAGGGUCACAUGAAAUGUGGGUCUCCUGACAUCCCUGCCGUGGAUGGAGAUUGGCUCAGACCUUACUGGAUUCCCCUCUCACUUCUGGCCCUGUGGACAGGGGCCUGCAGUGAAGAGGGGUUGGUUUGUUAUCUAGUCAUCUGCUGCCUUCUCACUGUCCUGGUCCCAAGGAUCAGACACAUCCCUGUCUUGGUUGACUGAUACCAGGAGAGCUCUUGUUGGUCUGAGAAGGCAGGAUGACUGCCCAUGCAGCUCACCUCCACUGGGAAGGGCCUUGUCCGUGGGCUUGUUAAAUUCAGUAAUAAACUACAGUGGUCCCUGACUCUGAUGUUCCUGUUCUUCCUGCUCCGGAUCUCGGUCUACACAUGACUGACCCCAGGACCGGGCCAACAGUGAGAUGGGAGCCCAAGCCCAGAGGCUUUAUAAAUACCUAGGAACUCUUGCAGGCCUUUGUCACACGAUUGCAAGUUGUUUUUUGAUUUCCUCAAUUCCUAUGGAAAAUCAGCACAAUACAUCCUCUGCUAAUUAUUAGAGCAUCAGAACUGGAAGGGGCCUUAGAGAUACCCUAAUCCAACUCUGGGGGGGAAGGAAGUGACUCAGUGUGGUCACUCUGCCGUUUAGUAAUAGAACUGAGAUCCCAGCUGGGGCUCCCGAUUCCCACGCCCAUGCUGCAUGCCCCUCCCCUCCAGAAGUGCCUUUGUCCAUCCACACAGCACCCUGAGGACCAGCAGUCACCAGCAAAGGUCUAUCCCUAAAGCUCUUCAAGAUCUAAAGUGUCUUCUGGAACAUCAGAGAUUAAAUAUUGUUCAGGAUCAUA